GACGCGAUGGAGUUUCUAUUCCACCUCUUGCUAGUUCUUCUUAUGUCAUGGCAACACGCCAUUGCACACGACUGCAGGAACUACAUCUAUUUCAUGCCAGGCUUCCAGCUGCAUGCCCACGUCAUCCAGACGAAAGUGACAACAAAGAAUGAGGAAUGUCGAGAAAGCUGCCGCGAAAAUGACGCGUGCUUCUCCAUCAACUUCAAGCAGAAAGAAUCGCGAUGUGAGCUGAAUAACGCUUCACACAUGACACAUCCGGGAAGGCUGAGACCAGAAGUCAACGCAUUCUACGCUUUGGUGAAACCGCCGACCUACUGCAGUAACGAGUACUGUUCGACGGGAAAGAAGUGUGUCUUGCGAGGGGAAGGAAUGACGCACAAAUGUGAAGAUUGUUUGCCAAGCGCUAUGGGUAUGGAGUCGGGCGCUAUAAGUGACUCAGCAAUUACUGCAUCGAGCUUCUUUUCUGAUAACCUGCGGCCUUUUAAUGGCCGCCUAAAUCGCCCAAGCGCCUGGGCGUCUGCAACUCGGAGCCCUGGAGAGUACAUCCAAGUCGACCUGGGGCGUGUCACAACAGUCACCAAGGUGGCCACUCAAGGAAACCCGGGAUAUUAUGAGUGGGUAAAUAGCUACAAAAUCAGCUACAGCUCCGACCUGUCGACCUGGCAAGUGUACCGCGAGGGAGGUCAAGAAAAGGUAUGAGCUAGCCUCCUCCUCAGGCAUCUCAAGUGUUUUUUGUUCUUUUUCAGCAUUAAAAUGGAUGUAAGAAAGGGGACUGAAGUAGUAUAGUAUUUAUGAAGCUAGACAUUUUUUGGGAAGGACUUCUCCCGAAACAGUCGCCAUGACAACACCACAGGAACAAAGGAAUGGGAACAGUUUGUAGUCGAAGCAAUAAACUGCGAGGAAAACAAUUGACCUGAGCAGAUCGGAGGAGUCUAAACAAUAACCUAGGGGGUGCACGGAGGAGUGAGAACACUAGACUCGGAUACAGAUUGGAGGAGUUCGGAGGAACAAUGUGAAACAAUAUGUAAAACGAUAUAAUUGGGAGGAGAAAGAACAAUGGAUUCGGAGGAGUGACACUUGACUGGAGAAAUUGGGAGGAACAAAAGUUUCGAUUGUGCGAUCUUGCCUAGAGUAGAAAUGACGUCAUCAUCGAAAGUAAUACACGUGUCCAGACUUACACAGGCUGGAAGUUUGAAGCUGACAAGUUUACCAUAGAAGGUUUUGAUUGUGAACUAAUGUGCUUACAUUUACCAAAAUUGAUUAAUGCAAGUCAUGUCUAGUCUCACAAUGACGCCGAUGUCGAAUAAGCGUCUUUUGGGCUUUGUUUUCGAUAACACCAAAAAUGAUUGUUUACGAAGGGACUAUCAUUUGUUCCAAUCACACCAGAAGCGUGGAGCAUUUUGAGGUUAUCCAAAAAAAACGAUAUCACGUCCGCACCAAAUGUCUUUG